AUGAGUUCCUCAAUCCCCCCGUUGACAACAAUCUAUUUUACAGACUUGUCAUUUUCUUCUUCUGGUGGAGAUGACCCUUCUUCUGUGCCCUUGAUUGGGAUUGACUCCCAAACAUUCAAUGUCAACCAAACAUUUAGAGGAAUGAAGUUGAUACCCCCAGGAUUACACAUUAUUCAUUUUGCUCAAACAUCUUCCAGUGUAAAGUAUGGUAUUUGUCUCUUUACUAGUCGACAGCUUUUAUUGUCGAGAUAUAAUUCCCAGAUCGAGGAUUUUGAACUAAGGUCUGUAGAUGACCAACAACAAUUUGAAAUGAUGACAGAGAGUUUGGGGCAUGAUUAUAAUUUCAUGGUUGGUUACAACUCAAUCAUGACAGAUGAUCGUUGUGUCUCGUGGCUGGUUUUAACUGACCAUAUAACCGCGUCAAUAUUGGAUAAGGUGAUUGUACUUCCCAGAGGUGCAACCAAGAGACUUGGCUGGAAAGUUUGCACGGUCACCAGUUCCACGGAAGAAAAUAAAAUUUUGCUUUCAGAAUUGAAACGAACUACCCCUGACACCGACUAUUCCACCCUCAUUGAUGAUUCGGAAAGUUUGUUCAAUUUCCCCGCUAUAGAAACAAAAAUCACCUAUCGCCCGAAUGCCACCGAUUCAGAAAAAACCACCGAUUGUCUUGAUAAGUCAUGGUAUUUCGAAAAUAUCGUGUUGUCUACGCUGGGAUUCAAACAUUUGCAAGAGUUCUUUGGUCAGUUCCAAUUUUGCUAUUUAAUGGUGUGGCUAUUCGGAAAUUACGCCGCCGCGAGACAAUACAACAACAUGUUGAAAGUAUAUUCAGACUCUAAGCAGUUUAUUUCCGACAAACCUACUGAUCUACGCAAAUUUCUAAUGCUACUAGAGCAACAGUUCACCUUGAUAUCUGAGGAGUAUUUCAAUUUUGAUACAGAUAUGAUCGACGUGAGAAAUGUUAUUGGGGCCAUAAAGUCUUUUCAGUCGAUUAUUCUGGAGCUAGGUGAUAAAAAGACCUAUAUGAAACGAAGCCUUAAUGAAGAUUUGAUGAAAGUAAAAAAUGUUUUGAUAGACAGGUUUGAAGAUAUCAAUGAGGAUUCGUUUGAGGUUCCCCAAGAUUUUGAAGAUAAUGAAAAUUACUUGAAAAACCUCGAUGGUAGCUUGCAAUAUUACAUUGAUGAAGAUGAUGAGGAUGCCCCUGUCGUGGUUACUGGAAUUGAAUGGGAUGAAUGCUGA